CUUCGACCCCGCCCCAAAACCCUGAAUUUUCGCAUUUCCCAAAGUUCCCAGUUGCUUGACAUCGGAGGAUGUCGCAUUGCAAAAGGAGCUAGAUGAUGAAGAUGAUGAAGGUGUGCAUGCGCAGGUCAUAAGCUCCUCGAGUCGACCAAGUCGACGAAGUGGCCUGGAUGGCCAGCACGAGCAGCACGCCCCACUGUGGGUGGUUCGAGUCGCGCAUGUCCUUGAGAUGACUGGAAAGCUGCAAGUGCACCAAGCACUUGAAGACACAAGGUCUCUUGGAGAAUUGGAUGCCCAAGAUGUUCACCCUUUUUGUUUCUCACCAGUGGCCCGGCUUUCGCCACCCAGACGAGAACGGAGAGCAACUGCGUGUGCUUUGAAGAAUUUGAUGGCCAAGCAACUCAAGAUCGAGAAGGAUUUUCCUUUCACAAUUCUUUGACGGGAAGCUGAGCGUAAGAGAGCUUGAUGCAACCCAGGAGUGGCACGUGUGGUUAGACUACUUCUGUGUCCCUCAGCUUGUGGAUGAGCAUAGCAUCGGACUUCGAGAUGAGCAGCAGUUGUAUAUCAGGAGCAUUCCCAGCUAUGUUGAGCUUUGCGACGUUUUCGUUGCUUUAGUGCCAAAAGCUCUGCACAUUGACACGAAAGGUGCCCGUGACGUCCACAGUUGGCUUCAACGAGGUUGGUGCCGUACGGAGAUUUGGUGCUAUUAGUUGUCCACCAAGCCAAAGACUCCAAUCAUAGUGCUGAAGGCAGCUGAUACUGCCUACUUCACGGUGCCUUUGUGGCAUAAAUACAUAUAAAUACCCUAUGCACACCGGAGACUUUUCUGUGGAAAGGGACCGCGCGUCCUGUAGCACUAUCAUUCAAGCAGCUUUGGUGAGAUAUGUGGCCAACUUGAAGCAAAUGAAGAGCCAGGCAGCAUACCGGUUGUAUUUUGCUUUGUCCGAGGAGAUGAGGGUCUCCCACUCCCCCCCCCAAAAAAAAAACGUGGCCUGGACGAGUUUUUGUCCGACUUCGGCUUCUCCAAACUGCAGUCGAAAGGCCUUGGCCCAGUGGCUUGCGCAGUCCUUUCCGGAGAUGUGGCCUUGAUUCGCAGCCUUGUCACUGCCAAGGCUUCACUUCACACCCCAGCACCAAGUAUGCCAGAGGUGCUGUGGCCGUCGCGAGACUGAACCACCACUGCAUUGGGCAUGGUGGUUCCAAAGCCACGACCUCAGGGUGUUUGGAGACGCUUUUGGAUCUUCGGGCCGACCCCCUCAGGUCCAGCCUCACUGUUGGUGCUCCUUUGGGUCUUUGACGCGUGGGCGCCGUGGACCUAUUGGUCCAGCACGGUGUUGGGGUCCAGUUCCAGGGCAAGGAGACUUUUCGGUAUUGCCCCAUCCAGAUUGCAGCAGGAGUGGCAGCUCCAUCUGAAGUGAUCGCCAGAUUGCUAGAGCUCCGUGCAAGUCUUAGUGGAAGAGGAGGCUUGGCAAUGUCAUCCCCUUUGCACCAACUGGUGUACCGCGGCGAUUCCCCUGGCCAUAAUGAUUCAGAACGGCGCAGGUGUUGAUGGAGAGCCGCGCAGAUAUCAACCAAGUGUGCAAGAGCGAGGGCAUCAUGAGAAUCCUGCAGUUCAUGUGUAGGGCUUACAGCAGCUGCAGAGGUGAGGCAAAUCUCUCGGCGAAUUUUUUCAGCAACGCCAGCACCACGCCCUUGGGUUGGUGCGUCAUUUUUGACAGCGAGGGGCUCCUAACUUUGUUGCUCCGUGCCAGAGCAGACCCCGAGAUCAGGAACAACAGGGGGCUGCGACCCAUUGACAUGGCUAGAUCGGAGACGAUCCGAGCAAUAUUGCAGGAUCCUGCUCCACACAUUGCCGCAUUGCCCUUCUGGAGCAUAACUCUGAGUUGGUCGUUGAAACUUUUUGACGGCGCCUUUCCCCUAAGCAAAUCCCUUCAGCGUGAAGAAUGGAAGCGGUGCUGGGGUGCUGGGAACCGCAUGGCGAUUCGCCACGGCGGUUUCGCCGCGCAAUGGGAGGGUUGCAGGAGCUCCUCGCAACUUGCUGAACAGUUCUGAGGGCCGGGGACAUUUCAGAAGCUGAAUCCAGUUCUUGAUGAAGCUAAGGUUGAUUCCUACUUCUUGAGUAAUCUCGGU